GAGGGCAGGAGCUGCUGGUAUAAGAGGGGCUGCAGGGAAGAGCUGGUGCUGAUUUCCUCGGGCACCGACGCCAGCAUGGGACCCCCACAGCGCUGGCUGCAGGCUCUGGUUCUGGCACUGCUGCUGGCCGGGGGGGCCCUGGGGGCCGCCCGCGGGCGCCGGUUCUGCCGCCCCGUCAACGCCACCAUCGCGGCCGAGAAGGACGACUGCCCCGUCUGCGUCACCGUGGCCACGGCCAUCUGCAGCGGGUACUGCCAAACCAAGGAGCCGGUGUACAAGAGCGCCCUGGCACCCGUCUCCCAGCACGUCUGCAGCUACCGGGCCGUGCGCUACGAGACGCUGGCGCUGCCCGGCUGCCCACCCGGCGUGGAUCCGGCCUUCACCUUCCCCGUGGCACUGAGCUGCCACUGCAGCCUCUGCCUCAUGGACUCCAGCGACUGCACCGUGCACAGCAUCGGGCCCGACUUCUGCAGCGCCCGGGGGGGGCUUCGCCUAGGGGCGGGGGCAAUAAACACCAUGGCCGCACCCCCAGCUCCGCCUAGGCACAGAACCAAGGAAUCCAGUCCCCCCACCUUCGCCUAG